UUCGACCACUAGUGAGAAAGGAAUAUUUAAUCUAGCCAUCUAGUGGCGUAUUAAUGUAAUAUAAUUUGAAGCUAUUGUAAAAAAAAUAAUGCGAUUAACAGGAUGGAGAUAUGCAGCAUUUAUAGGUACAUUUGUAGGAACUAUAGGAAUAUUUUGUUAUUUUACAAUGAUAAGUCCUAUGAUUAAUCCAGAGCCAUAUAAAAGAAUUCGAGAACAAGUGGCACAAUCCCAUAGUAAAACUUACAAAAAUAGCAAAGAAAUAUAAAUAAGAAUAUGUAUAUUUGCAGAGCUACAAUUUUUACUAAGAAAAAACAAGUUAAAGAUAUAAAAUUAAUUUUUAUUAUGUCUUAAACAUAUGUUACUAAAAUGUUAAUGUAUAUAAAAUAGACUGAAGAACAUUCAAUAUGUUAUUGAGAAAUCAAUAAAUGUAGUGACUUGUA